AUGUAUCUAUUCAAAACUUUUGUUUGUUUCACCUUUGCAAUUGCGGUAGUUAAUGGAGAUUCAACAAAUUCUUCGUCGCUAUUGGAUAAAAUAUCUGCUGACUUCGGUUCAUCGCCAGAAGAUUACUCUUACUUUCCGGCUACAAAUAUAGGAUCUAACUCAGGAUUCCUAAAUGAACAUGCUGGUCAACUAAUUUUUCAAACAGAGGAUGAAUUAUUUGAUUCUAUUUUCUGGAGGGAGCUUCAGAGGAAGAAAAAUCCGCAACGAGCAGGUAGAUUUGUGUUGAAGAUAGAAGAGACAGGAUCGGUGUAUCAUUUCGGUGAGUCGGAAAUGCAACUACCAACUGGCCAAUCAUUUCUACCAGAAUGGAUUUAUAAACCAAGACGAGACAUUGAAUUAUUAGAAGUUGACUAUGGUGAAGGAGUUAAGUUAGAUGCAUUAAACAUCCCGGUCAGCUACUGUAAGCUGGCAGAGUUGACAUCAGGAUCUGGUAGCACCGUCUUAUCGACAACAAUAGGGCACACGAUAUCAAUAGGAAUUUCAAGAUGGGUAAGGUGGGGUGUUGUCAUUGCUGGAAUUUCGUUAAAUACUGGUAUAGAUACAGUUGACAUUCUGGUUUCUAAUUCAUUUAGCAUAAGUUGCACUUACCCACAAGGGAAUAGACUACAGGUGUUUGCAAAGAUCAAUUAUAUUUCUUUCCCAAACGCAAGAAUGCGUAAGGUAGCCUAUAGAAGUAAUAGUAACAGUUUUGAAAGUGAAGAAAUGUGGGAAAGGAUUAUAAGCUCCGAUGGAAAGUAUGAAGAGUAUGGGCUCGUUUUGUUUGCUAAUGUAGCCCAUCCACCUACUCUUGAAUGUGUGAAUUUUGAAGCAGAUCUCAGAUGCGAGUCGUUUGUCGACUUAGCUAAUGAUCCAUUACUGGCCCUAGACUAUGUUGUAUAG